AUGGGCAGAUGUGAGUUUUACCACCCGUUUACCCCUUACCGGAUUCAGCUGGAGCUGAUGCAGCAGAUCUACGGGCUGCUUGAGAGCGGGAAGAAGAUGGGCAUCUUUGAGAGCCCUACAGGGACGGGGAAGACGCUGUCGCUUAUAUGCUCAACGUUCACGUGGCUGCGCGAACACAAGGCGGGAUAUCUACAGGGCAGUACAGGUGCGCAGGACUCAGAAGAGGAUUCGGAGGACGAGCCAGCGUGGGUGAAAGAGAAUUACGAGCAGUCGGUGCUGGCCGACGUGACGGCGUCAAUGCGAGCCUACGAGCAGCGCCUGGCCGCGGUGGACACCGAUCUGCUCGUCAAAGGCGCUGCAAAGCGACAGCGCGUGGAAGUUGCGGUCGAAAGACCAGAUGACGGCGCGGAAUUUUUGCCCGACGCCUACCAUUCCGAUGUUGAAGAGCGCCCCAGCCAUGCGGGUGGGCGCGGCCAGCUACGAAAACAACUGGAUGCGGACAUCAAGCGGCUUUUGCGCAAGCUGGACGAGCCAGACGCCGCUGACAAGAGCCGACUUGCUGCGAAUCCCCUCAAGGUGUACUUCGCCUCUCGGACCCAUACACAGCUGGGUCAAUUCGCCGCCCAACUGCGGCUUCCGCAAUUUCCGCCAUCGUUGGCAGGGCUUGAGCAGGAGAGGGUGAAGUUCUUGCCGCUCGGGUCGCGGAAACAGCUCUGCAUCCAUAAGAAAGUAUCGAAGGUGAAAUCGGACGGUAUCAAUGAAGCCUGUAUGGAUGCCGUGAGCAAGAGCGAAUGUUCCUUUUUCUCUGCUGCCAGAGAACCGGACAUAAUCCGGCAGUUCCAGGAUCAGGCAUUCAGCACUAUCCAGGAUAUUGAAGACCUCGUCGGCAUCGGUAACACUCUUCAUGCAUGCCCGUAUUACUCGUCCAGGGAGCUUAUUGAAGGGGCAGAGGUUAUCACGCUUCCCUACCAGCACUUGCUUUUGGAAAAUGCGCGGAAAACAAUGGGGAUAGACCUGCGCGAUUCAAUCAUAGUAAUAGAUGAGGCGCAUAACUUGAUUGACACGAUAAACUCUAUUCAUAGUGCAUCGAUCUCCCUUACUGAACUACGGCAGUGUAAACUGGCUCUUCAAGCGUACCUGGCCAAAUUUAAGACACGUCUGAACAGCGGCAAUAGGGUCAAUUUGCUCAAACUUAUCAAGAUGGUAGACGUGCUGAGCCAAUUCAUCGAGACGCAGUACAAAAAUGGGAAGCGGAUCAACGAUCCUAAUGAUAUAUUUAUGGGCACCAGCAUGGACGUUGUGAACAUCCACAAACUUGAAAAAUAUAUGAAAACCUCUAAAGUGGCGUACAAAAUUGAUAAAUACAUACAAGCGACUACGAGCAAUGAUCUGCAGGACAGGGGAUCGCGAGAUAUUAAACAGCCGAUAUUGUUUAAAGUUGCAUCUUUCCUAAAAACGCUUGCAAACCCAUCAGAGGAAGGCCAAUUCUUUUUUGAAAACGGACAUGUCCUCAAGUAUAUGCUACUCGAACCCAGUGAGGUUCUGAAAAGCAUUGUUACUGAAGCAAAAUGCGUGAUACUAGCGGGCGGGACAAUGGAACCCGUGAACGAUUUUUUUACCCAAUUGGUGCCUUACUUAGCUCCGACAGAUGUCACUACUUAUUCCUGCGGCCAUGUAAUUCCUGAUGACAACUUGAAUGCCUUUAUCGUCAGUGAGAAUUUUGAGUUUACCUUCGCGAAUAGAGAAGAUAUUGCGUUAAUUGAACGUCUUUUUCACUUUAUUUACCAACUAGCCUCCAGGGUUCCAUUUGGCAUGGUCGUUUUUUUUUCCAGCUACAAGUAUAUAGACUUUGUCGUGAAAACUUGGACGGACAGAGGUUUAUUAAGCAGGUUGGACGCGAUCAAGCGCAUCUACCAUGAAACUAGUGAUGGUGCAGAUGUUUUAAAAGGGUAUUCGGAAACGAUUCAGUCAGAAAAGAAGGGUGCAAUACUUUUGGCAGUUGUCGGUGGGCGGCUAUCGGAAGGAAUCAAUUUCGAGAAUGAGCUGGCCCGGGCAGUUGUACUAGUUGGUCUUCCCUUCCCCAAUAUGUUUAGCGGUGAAAUGAUUGUUAAACAGCAGCACAUCAAGGAAAAGGUAAUUAGGAAUGGAGGAACACAAGAAGAUGUGAACAAAGCGGUUCGCGAAUUUUACGAAAAUAUUUGCAUGAAGGCGGUAAAUCAAAGCGUCGGGCGGGCGAUCCGCCACGCGUCGGACUUUGCAAACGUUUAUCUGAUAGAUAAACGCUACUCGGGACCGCGUAUCCAACAGAAGCUUUCUGACUGGGUACGCAAGCGCAUACAGUCUGCUUCAAAUAUACCAAAAAUACUGUCAGACACUGAAGCUUUUUUCUCCGGGAAAGGGUUGUGA